GCAGGUGCUGGAAUGGAAUGGCAUACCCUUGACUGGGAAAACUUACGAAGAAGUCCAGAGCAUUAUUGUUCAACAGAGUGGGGAAGCAGAAAUAUGUGUAAGACUGGAUCUGAACAUGCUCUCGGACUCUGAUAAUCCCCAGCACCUGGAGCUGCAUGAGCCAGUAAAGGCAGUAGAUAAAGCAAAGUCCCCAGGAGUAGAUCCCAAGCAGCUGGCUGCAGAGCUCCAAAAGGUUUCUCUACAGCAGUCACCUUUGGUUGCUGCCUCAGGAAUGGAAAAGGGAUCUCACGUUCACUCUGGAACCACUUCUGCCACCUCCAGUGCCAUUCCCAGCCCUGGUCAGCCUGGUUCUCCCUCAGUGAGCAAAAAGCGGCAUAGCAGCAAGCCCACUGAAACUACGAAGUCUGCUUCCCAUCCAAUCACUGGAGAAAUUCAGCUUCAAAUCAACUAUGACAAACACCUUGGCAACCUUAUCAUCCACGUCCUUCAGGCAAGAAACCUUGCUCCCAGAGACAACAAUGGCUAUUCUGACCCCUUUGUUAAAGUUUAUCUUCUUCCAGGGAGAGGACAAGUCAUGGUUGUCCAAAAUGCAAGUGCUGAGUACAAGCGGAGAACUAAGUAUGUACAGAAAAGCUUGAAUCCUGAGUGGAAUCAGACCGUCAUUUAUAAAAAUAUCUCCAUGGAGCAGCUGAAAAAGAAAACACUGGAAGUGACUGUCUGGGACUAUGAUAGAUUUUCCUCGAAUGACUUCCUUGGUGAAGUAUUGAUCGAGUUAUCCAGCGUCUCUCAGCUUGACAACACUCCUCGGUGGUACCCUCUGAAAGAACAGAGUGACAACAUUGAUCACGGGAAAUCUCAUUCUGGACAGAGUAGCCAGCAAUCUCCAAAACCAUCUGUCAUCAAGAGCAGAAGUCACGGAAUUUUCCCGGACCCCUCCAAGGACAUGCAGGUGCCCACCAUUGAGAAAUCCCACAGCAGUCCAGGGAGCUCCAAAUCUUCCUCUGAAGGACAUCUACGCUCUCAUGGUCCAUCUCGCAGCCAAAGCAAAACCAGCGUCACUCAAACUCACCUUGAAGACGCUGGGGCAGCCAUCGCCGCUGCUGAAGCAGCUGUCCAACAGCUUCGCCUUCAACCAAGUAAAAGACGCAAAUAAAUUCCUCAGCAUGGCAGCUUAAUGUUCAUCUGUUGCCUUUUUCCCUGCUGUCCUUCCCUUUUUGGCUAUUUUUUUUCUGUUCUUGGCACACUGUGCUCACUCUGUCCAAUGUCUUUCUUUGUGUGCCUGUGUGUGAAUACAUAUAAUUACAAUAUACUCUUGUAUUU